GCAUGGGAUACGUCGCCUCUACAUCUCCAUGGAGCUACCCUUUAUUCCCUGGGCGUCCUUUUUCACAACUGCGUGUUUACACCGCCAAAUGGGCAAGCAAACAACUUGGAAGACGAUCGGCACACACGUGUUUACGCAUGGGGUCCCAUCUAAGCAAUUACUAUGCACUGUAUGAACGCCUAGCCCUAAUCGGAUCGAAUGGGGCUACACAUUGAGAACACGACUGGGCUAAUCGGCAUCGACUAUGACACGAACUCUAACUCUCAGCUUUUGCUUCAUUUCUUUAAUUCAAAGUGGUGGCUGCGCAGAUUCAGAGGAGCGGUUGAUGAACUGGCUGCUGGGUCAGGACCGCUACAACAAGCUGAUCCGCCCGGCCAUCAACCGCACCGAGCGCGUCACCAUCAAGCUGCAGGUGUCCCUGGCGCAGCUCAUCAGCGUGAAUGAGAGGGAACAGAUCAUGACCACUAAUGUCUGGCUGACACAGCACUGGAUUGAUUAUAGACUGGCCUGGGACCCCUCUGCAUAUGACGGAAUCGACAAGCUGAGAAUCCCCUCCCGCCACAUCUGGCUUCCCGAUAUCGUGUUGUACAACAACGCUGAUGGCACUUAUGAGGUGACUGUGUUCACCAAUGCGAUCGUCCUGUUCAACGGCACCAUCUUCUGGCUCCCGCCGGCCAUCUACAAGAGCGCCUGCAAGAUCGAGGUGAAGCACUUCCCCUUCGACCAGCAGAACUGCACGCUCAAGUUCCGCUCCUGGACGUACGACCACACGGAGCUCGACCUGGUCCUCAAGACCGAUGUGGCCAGCAUGGACGACUUCACCCCCAGCGGGGAGUGGGACAUCCUGGCCCUCCCCGGCCGCCGGACGGUCAACCCCUCGGACCCCACCUACGUGGACGUCACCUACGACUUCAUCAUCAAGAGGAAGCCCCUCUUCUACACCAUCAAUCUCAUCAUCCCCUGCGUCCUCAUCACCUCUCUGGCCAUACUGGUCUUCUACCUGCCCUCCGACUGUGGGGAGAAGAUGACCCUUUGCAUAUCCGUGCUGCUGGCCCUCACCGUCUUCUUGCUCCUCAUCUCCAAGAUCGUGCCCCCCACCUCCCUGGACGUGCCCCUGAUAGGCAAGUAUCUGAUGUUCACCAUGGUCUUGGUGACCUUCUCCAUCAUCACCAGCGUGUGCGUGCUCAACGUUCACCACCGCUCGCCAAGCACCCACACCAUGCCUGCCUGGGUCAAGCUGGUCUUCCUGGUCAAGCUGCCCGCGCUCCUCUUCAUGCGCCGGCCGCAGAACAGCUCCGCCCGGCAGAGGCUGCGCCGCCAGCGCCAGCUCCGCAGCCGGCGGGCGGUGCUGGGGGCGGGGCUCGGCUACCCGGCCCCUCCCCAGGCUGCUGGCUUCUCCUCCAACUCUUCCUCCUCGGUCUUCCUCUCCUCGGCGUCUGGCUUCUCCUCCCCAGGACACUUUUACAACAAGAACGCCGGAGGGCCCUUCUGCCUAAACCCCGGUGGCAGGAAGGGCGAGCCGCGUCCCAGGGACUUCCUGCCGGACGGGGUGGCCUCGGCGCAGGAGCCGCAGCAGCAGGGGCCGGACUGGGGGGCGGACGUCCAGGAGGCCGUGGACGGUGUGCGCUUCGUGGCCGAUCACAUGAUGGGGGACGACGACGACCAGAGUGUGAUUGAGGACUGGAAGUACGUGGCCAUGGUGGUGGACCGGAUGUUCCUGUGGAUCUUUGUGAUCGUGUGCGUGGUCGGCACUCUGGGCCUCUUCCUCCAGCCUCUUUUCCAGCACCAAAUCGUGCCGAUCCAGCAUUCCGGCAGUGAAGCCAUGAAAAGGGAUCACAUCUGAGCGGAAGUUUCCGGAACUCUCAGGACCUUAUCACUCCUAUGAGAAGGCCGCUGGUCUAAAAUGUGGAGGAGGGGAAACCGCAAAAUUUCAGUGACAUUUACUGUCAUGACUUCCAGUGAUGCCCGUUGUUAAUUUUGCAGGAAAAUCAGUGUCACUUAUAGAUGCAUUUACUAGAGACGUGCCAAACGGAUUGAAUAACAUCACCAUCAUUAGGAAUCUCCAGUUGUCUCAAAUACAUUCGUCUGCAGUUCUAUGUGUUUUGUUUUCUGUUCUCACCUUUGUGUCUUUAGUUAUUUUACCUUGUACCAUAACAAAAAUGUGACUUGUCAAAACAUUGUUAAAUUCCACUCGGUCAAUGUAUAAAUGUUGAAAGGUCAGUCUUACUAGUUAUACAUGUAACAAAAGGUUAAUUGAAAUAAUUAACACCCAAUAAAGUGUAAAGCUGUGAAGAAUUUGGCAGAUAAUUUUCAUCACUAUGUGCACAGUAAAAUAAAGCUAAAUUAACCUGAUAUAAAAAUGGACAAUAAAAAAAUUGGCAACCUCGCCAACUGGCUUGUUAGAAUUGGGGAAUAAAUGUACAUUCUAGAAGCAGAAUAAUAAUGUUGUUCAAAACAAACAAAUUUUCAACGAUAACCACCUCACCAUUGCAACAUUUUUUGUUCAAAAAAUUUAUUUUGAAUGAACAUAACUUGUCAAUUACAGUUUUUCACGUGCUGCAUAUAGUUCUGUUGUCCUAAGCCAUUGAUUCCAAUUUAUGGCAUUGCAUCUGUCUCAAAUUCCUAACUUCGAUAUUUUCUUAAUUGUGUAAAAACUGAAUUACUUUGUCAAAAGAAAUAUGAAAUGCCAUAAAACUGCAACCGACGUGGUAAAUUUCAAUGACAGGGAAUGCAGUUUUAUUUUCUGACAUAAGGCAAUUCUGUUGAUUGUACCUUAUGUACAGGCAAUGAAUGCUCACAGAGCAAAAUAUUUUCGGCAAAAUAUAUCACCGCAAUUAGAUGAUAACUUGUAUGUUUGCUUGAUGGUCAGAUUGUGAAAGAGGGGAGCUUGCCUUUACCCUUCCCCUUUCUAAUUUGAUUGGAGCGUAACAUAUUUGGUCUGUUUAAAAAAAUUAAUUCCUCACCAUAUGCUAGUGAUUCCACGGCCAAGGCUCCAUUCAAUAAAUCACACAAAGAAUGUUGGGGUGAAAGAUGAUGGGGCUUUCCAAGUAACCUUUUCAGAAGCUUCAGACAUCUGGGCCAUUUGCCUGCUUCAACUGGCAAACCACAAUCAGUGCAGAAGAUAUUUUUUAUGCCAUCUACUGGCCGAAUUGUGGACACUCACUUUUACAGAUGCAUAGUACAAGCAAUAACUACUCACUGAAGAAUGCUGAUCAAGUUUGUUAAAUAUUCUGAAAAAAGCACAGAUUUCAUUUUUUUCAAAGACACAUUUUUUUUCUUUUUAAUAGAAAUGCAAAUGUAGAAGGACGAUAACAGCAGAAUUCCCUUUUCUUAUCUGCUCAAGUUUUCACACAAUUGUCCACGCAUUAAAAAUAAAAAAAGCUAAAAAAUAAAAACCUAUUAUAUUUCAUGUUCUGGAACAAAACUAUCUUCGUCCUUCCAGUGUACAGAUAAAUAGGUUACUUCAUCAAGAGGCAAAUGAAGACACAAUACAGAUAUCUUGAAGGACAAAGUGAGGACUGUAUGAGUCAUUGCAUUUAAAUCAGGGAAAAAAAGAAAGCUCGUGCAUAGGUUGUCACUGACAUACCAGCAUGUUGCAGAUAAAUUAGGAGCAAUUAAACAAAUGCAUUGAGACAUCGUUCCAUGGGUGUUUGUGUCAGCUUGUAAUCAGUCUUUCCGCAGAUCAAUCCCUGCUUCGGUAUUUAUCAGUGACUUUGUUUCAGGAUUUUUCAUGACUAGAGUAAAUAGGUUUUCUUAGGAUCCAUUAAACAUGUGCACGGAUAACCCUGCACACAGGGGAAAUUUGAUUACACCAACACUUCACACUCGAUCACUAGGGAAGCUCAGAGAACAAGCACAGAAGGGGAACUAUGCUUGAUUUCUUGCCAGUUUGCAAGAUGAGCAUGAGCUUGGAAACAACGUGCCAUCUAGAUUGUUAAUCGCUCACUUUACCUGAUCAUUGAUUCAAGGGGCACACGUAGUGUUUCAGAUGCUGGUUUCAGACGCGACUGGUAAAAUCUAUCCAUAAAUGCAUGUUUGCCCAAAUGAAAAUUACUUUGGUUGUGACAUCCGCCAUUUUUUAAUUCAAGUGCUGCUCGUUGUUUGUUUUACUUCCAAACUCAGACAAAUAAAUCAGUGUUGUGCAAAGCUUUUAUUUGAAUACUGAUCUGGAUCUGACACAAAGAGAUGGUGACAAAUAGAUCCAGUGUAGGAACACAGUGAAAUAAAUGUGCUGUCAGAAGUUCAAAUUAAAGGCAUUUCUUAUUCUUUUUUUUUUAACAUUCCCUGUGCCAAACAAUUUAAGGAAGUGUGUGUGAUGACCAAGCUUAUGAAUUGUUUAAUUGUUUCUCGGCACGGAAACAAUUAAUUGGUUAAACACCUAAUUAAUCAUAAUUACAAGCAAUAUAUACUGCUAAUCACUCCAAUAAUGAUGAGUUGCCUUUUAACCAUGCUCAUUUUUUAUUUACUCUAUAGCGUAAGUACAACCUUAGAGGUAUAUAGAAUGUGUAUGGAAUGUGUGGUUCUGUUCCUGUAUGAAAUAAAACACUUGUAGUAAAAUAAUCAGAUUAAAUAAAACCUUGACCUGCUCUAAGAUAUUGUUGAUUAUACCAGGAUUCCAUUUUCCUUCAAGGAUAAUAAAGUGCAUAUUAGUUGAUGAUACCUAA